AUGACGGACAACCCCGAGACGUUUAGAAAAACCGGUUCACCAGGGGCAACUGGGUUGCUCGACCAGCAGGUGAUCGCCAAGGAAACUUUGAGAGAGGCCUCGGUCGUUAUCCGUAACGCUGCAGCUGCUGUAUACACACCGACCUUCGAUAAACUCGGAACUACAUUCCUGAGGUACCUGUUCUCUGGUAGCUCGGCGCCUCCCAGCAGACUCCACGACGUCCUGCUCAACUUCUCCGUGGACCUUCAUCGCCAUCAACUACAGCUCCGCGAUGGCGGUUCCGCAGACGGCAACAUCUUCACGUCACCCUUCGCCAUCGCCCUCGCCCUGGCCGCCACGCACGCUGGAAGUCGUUCUGAGACCGCGUCCCAGCUCGCCCAAGUCCUCCACCUCCAGGAUGACCUCAUCGACGACGUCCGCAAGGAGUUCGCGGACAUGGUGCUCCACCUGGCCGACGCGGCGCCGGACGUCAAAGUACACCUGGCCAACGGCGUCGCCGUCGACCGCAGCGUUCGUACUUCGGCAGACUUCAAAGACCUCCUGGAAAGCGGAUACGACGGUUCCGUGAAAGAACUGGACCUGCGCAAGAAUCCUCAGCGAUCCCGCACCGAACUAAACUCGUGGGUCGAAGAGAAGACAAAGUUCCAGGUGGCCGACACGCUUCCACUCGGGGUCGUGACGCCGAGCACGUCGGUCCUCCUGGUGAACGCCAUGUACCUAAAGGGCCAGUGGGACUCUGACUUUAAGUCGGAUUAUACCUCGCGCAAGCCAUUCCGCGAAACGAGGGACAAGACAAGCAUGGUGGAGAUGAUGUUCCAAAGAAAAAACUACAAGACUGCAUUCUGCAAGACGCUGGACGUGAACGCGCUCGAGAUACCCUACUUCGGCAAGAAGGUGUCCAUGGUCAUCCUCCUGCCCCAGAAGGUGGACGGUCUGGCCACGCUGGAAGCGAACCUGACCGCGACCAACCUGCAAGCGCUACUGCGGCGGCUCUGCGAAGACGAUGACGUCGAGUUGAACCUGCCAAAGUUUAAGUUGGAACAGUCUUCCAGCCUCCGAAAGGUCCUGGAGUCGAUGGGGGCCCAGGAUCUAUUCACGGACCGCGCCGAUCUUGCGGGCUUCACCGACUCGAAGGGCGUCAGGGUGUCUGAGGUGGUGCACAAGGCCGUCCUGGAGAUCGGCGAAGAAGGUGCCGAGGGUGUGUUCGCGACGCCCGUCAUCAUGAUGUGCUACGGCGGCGCCAGCUUCAACUUCAACGUGGACCAUCCGUUCAUGUUCCUCAUCCGGAGCUGCAAUCCGGACGUGAUUCUGUUUAUGGGUUCGGUGCGUCACCUAUAGGAUGCUUCUUUUUUCUUUUUUUUUUUCGGACGCGGCCAGUCACGACAAAAGCAGGACGGUCAGUUAUACCAACACCACCUAGAAGACAAGGCCUCUCCGCCACUCCCUCCCAACGUCAUCGCUAGUGGCUUCACGCAACGUGGCGUAGCUUGCGUCAGCGUUGCCGCAAACGCGUCUCAAAGCGUCUCACAACGAGUGCAACGCCGGCAAGCGACGAAAAUCGCCGCUUUGCGGCGAUUCUCGUCGAACCUCAGCGUGUUUGCCGCAUGUGUGAACGGUCGGGGGUCCACUAGCGAUGACUUCACGCGCAGGUCUUUUCUCCUAGGUGGUGUUGUUUAUACGCGUAGAGCUGUGGAAGGCACUCCUCGGACUGGCUAGCACGUGCCCAGCAUUACAGUGUAUCUCUGAAGAGCGACCCGGCGCAUGCCGAUGUAGAACCGCCGCAACGAAACUGUGUACAUUAAAAACUUACAGGGAAGUUAAAUAACCCCA